AUGGAUUUAUUGAUUUUAUUAUUGAAUUUAAAUAAAAUUGAAUCCAAUCUUAUUAUUAUGAAAUCAAAUAUGUCUUUCAAUAAUAACAUAUCGAUUAAUUUAUAUCAUAAUAAUAAUAAUCAUAAUAUAAAAAAUCAAUAUAUUAUUGAUCAUCAUCAUGAUUCUUAUAAUAUAUCAAAUAAUCAAAUAAUUCAUAAAAUUGAACGUCGAAGUCAUUCAAAACAAUCAGGACAACAACAACCACAUCAGCAACAACAACAAGAACAACAACAACACCAACAACCAAUUACAAAUUAUUAUGAACCUGAAGAAAUUUUAUCACCAGAUUAUACAUUACCAUAUCAAGAUAUAAAAUGUAUGGAAUUUAUUCAAUCUACUGAAAUUAAAUAUAUAAAAGAUUCAUCAUCCAUGUUAAAUGGAUUUUUUGGUAUGUCUAAUUUACCAAAACGUACAAUUGAAUAUAGUUUUCAAACACCAAAUUAUCCAGCACCAUAUCCAUUAAAUAUUGAAUGUAUUAAAGUGAUUGCUGCACCUACUGAUCAACAUCGUAUUGUGUUACAUUUUCGUGGAACAUUUGAAUUAGAACCGGAAUCACAUUGUACAACAGAUUUUUUAGAAAUAAGAGAUGGUGCUUUUGGAUUUACUACAUUAUUGGGAAGAUUUUGUUCAAAACAAGUGCCUGAUUUAGGCACUGGACUCAUAUCAACUGGUCAAUAUAUGUGGUUACGAUUUCAUAGUGAUUCAACUAUUGCUCAUAGAGGAUUUCAAGCAGUUUAUCGGUUUAUUCAAACAGGUUCACACAAGCCAACGGAUAGUGUUUCACAUGUACAGUUUCAAAUAAAUUUACAACCUGGACAAGCAUGGAAAUUAGAUCAACAGUAUCUAUUAAUGAAAAUGGAAAAAUUAUCACCGAAAAUUCAACAAUUACCAUUAGAAGUGGCCUUAGAUAUCAGAUCGACAAAUGGAACAUAUAUCAUGUUACAUAUUGAUCAUGUACAAGUUCCUCAAUCAGCAGCAUGGAGUUGUCAACCAGAAUCAACAUUUACAAAAUUAACAAGAAUUAAAUGCCUUACUGGUGAACCUAUUGUAUUUGGUUUAGAAAAAAAAAUGAAUGGAAAUGAUAUUACAGACUCAGGUUUAAAUAAAUUAUCAUUACAAGAUCCUUCAUCAAUUAUUGAUGGACAGCAUACAUUUUUCGAAGUAUAUCCAGGUAAAACUAUAUCACAAUUUGUUCCACCAUGUCCUAAAAUUAUCCGAUUCUGUGAUAAAACUUUAGGUAUAUUAAAAUUACCAAAAAAUCAUGGUUCUGAUAGAGAUUUUUAUAUACGUUAUCCACGUCUUAUUAUACGUAUGGUUAUUGCAUCACCAAAUUUAAAACCAGAUUUAUUGGAUACAAUUAAAACACGUCGUGAUUUAACAUACUUUAAUAAUGAUAAUAAUGAUUCUAGAAAUUCCAGUAAUCAUAAUUCAUUAGAAGAAAACAAACUGAAAUAUUCAUCAACGAUCUUACAUCAUCAUCAUCAUCGUCGUCAUCGUUAUCUUCGUCAAACAGUAAACAUCAUGAAUAAAAUCGAUGAAAAAUUACAAGAAUAUAUGCCUAAAUUUGUUUUUAUAUUAACAAGUUUAAAACAAAAAUCAAUGGAUGGUAAACCAUGUGUCAAAGAUUGGGAAGCAUGUGAUUCAGAAGUUUGUAUACCAAAACAUUUAUGGUGUGAUGAUAUAAUUAAUUGUCCUCAGUGGCAAGAUGAAGGAGGUCACUGUACACGGUCAAGCUUACAUCCAAAUGUAUUAGGUCCUGACGGUCAAUUAAUACCAGAUACUAGUAAAAGUGUAUUUGAAUUAAGAAAGGAACAAGAGCAACUUGAAGCGGAAGCAGAACGUUUGGCUGCUCAAAAAUUACAUUUGUCUAUAUUGGCCACCUUAGGCUUAAUAUUGUUGAUUGUCACAUCCACAUGUAUAUUUAUGACUAUACGUCGUCGUCGACGUGAAACAGCACGACAAAUGAUCAAAUCUAAAGAAGAUGAACAAACGAUACAAUCAAGUAAAUUUGAUGAUAGACGUCUACAAAGAUUAAAUCAUGUUAUGUCUACUGGUGCACUACUAGAAGGAAAUAAUCAUUUGAAAAAGGAUUAUAAUAAUAAUAAUAAUAACUAUAAAAAGAAACCAAUAUUCACUUUAUCUAAUUCAAGUUUAACACAAGAGAUUCAAUAUUUAAAUAACGCUACUAAUAAUAGUAAUAAUAAUAACAAUAAUCAAUCAAUAAUGAUGCAUGAAUUGAAAUCUAUGAAAAAAUCUGGCAGUCGUAAUACUACAAUGAUUUGGAAUAGUACUGAUAGUAUUAAUGCACCAUUGCUAUGGCAACGUAAUGUUGAAAAUAUGAAAUCAUCAUCAUCACCAGGUCAAAUGAAUUCAAAUAAAAAUCUUAUUAAAUAUUCAUUUAUUAAAACUAAAGGUAACCAUAAUAAUAAUAAUAAUAAUACUAGCGGAAAAUUAUCAAAUAAAAAGUUUACUCCUAUUAAACAAUGUUCAACUGAGAAAGAACCUAUGGAAUGUGUUCAGUUUCAAAAUUUUAAUAAUAAUAAUAAUACUACUAAUAAUAUUAAGAGUAGUAUUGUUAGUGUAAAUAAUUCAAUGAAUGAAUCAAUUAAUUUACCUAAUACAACAAUGAAUUCAAUCAGGACAAUGACAAAUAUUUUACGUGAUAAAUCAACUCAACCAACAUCAUUAACACAUACUUAUGGAUCCUAUCCAAUUACAUCUUAUGAACAAACUGAUGUUUAUGAUAGGAAUAAGCAUAAUUUAAAUACAUUUGUACAAAAACGAACUAUUGAACAACAACAACAACAACAACAAGAACAAUCUAAAAGAAGUGGAAAUAAAAAAGAAUCACAUUCUGUAUUGUCUAGUCCACAGAAUCGUGGAAAUUGGAUUGCAACUAAUAUUUAUCCUAAAAUAGAUAAAGAAUUACCUAUAUUAACUAAUACACAUUUAUCACCAACUGAUCAUGAUUUGAAACAAAGAAUACCUAAUAUAAACAAUACCAUUAAUCGUACACAAUCAUGGGGUGGUGGUUUACGUUAUAAUAAUAAUAAUGUACAUAUAUAUUGUCAACAAGAUAAUCAAUCACCAUCCAUGUAUAAAAUACAAAAUUUACCUCAUUUCAAACCAUCACAACUAUCAUCUAUACCAAAAUGUCAAUUAUAUUCUAUUAGUAAUAGUCAAGAACAUUUAUAUCGUAUAAAAAGAUCUGAUACAUAUGUCAGUAUGCCUGAUGUUAAUGGAUUACAUAAUAAUAGUGAAUUAUUAAACAAUCAAUUAACAAAUUAUCAUCAUAGAAUGUUAUGUAAUGCUAAACAAAUUAUUCCUAUCACAUCGACAACAUUAACCAGUGGAGUUGGAUUAAUCAAUAUUGUUACAUGUUCAACAACUUGUACAGGACAAUUAAUUACAUCAUCUAAAGAUUAUCGACCACCACAAGCUAAACGUCCACGUAUUAUCAAUUCGUUCAUAUCAUCCAAUGUUACAUCAAAUAAUGAUAAUAAUAAUAACAAUGUAGUUAGUAAUGUGAAUAAAUUAUCUAGACAUGCAACUCCUAUUCAUAAUGAGAAUAAUUUUAAUAACACAGUAACAUCACAUCUUACUACUACUACGAUUACUAUUACUAAUACUACUACUACUACUAAUAAUAAUAGUAGUAGUAGUAGUGAUAAGAGUAGUAUUAGUAGUAAUCCUUAUAGUGGCAGUGAACAUUCACAUGUACUUUUAAAUCCUAACUAUCAACACUUACAUCAUCAGCAUCAUCAUUCACAGUCACCACAUCAUCAUCAUCACCAUCAUCAAAUUCUUUAUCCAUCAGUUGGGAUACAGAAUGUUUUAUUGACUGAUGACAAGUUGUCAUGUAAUAAACAAAUUUAUGGUUUAAAUGAUUUUCAAAGAAAUAUGUUAAUGUAUGGAUCGAACACUUCAACAGUUGAUAAUAUUCGUACAAAUAUAGAAAGAUAUAAAUAUCACAAAGAGAAUAAUGAUGACGAUGAAGAAGAAGAAGAAGAGGAUGAAGGAUCCACUGAGGAAAGAGAAGGUGAUUGUGAGAAAACAAAAAAAUCAAGAAGAACGAAUCUUAUCGUAGCUACUGACCAUGUGGAUGAUGAUGAUAACGGAGACGAAACAACUUUGUCCAGGACAGAUUCGAAAAAUAGUUUAGAGUUGUUAAAGGGAGAGGAUGAAACAGAUAUGGAAAACUCAGAAAAUUCACCAGUCAAUAAUUCAACUUCCAUAUCUGAAACAGAUACAUCACAAAAUGCUUGUAGUACACAUGAAGAACCAAUCAAGAUUACAGUUUAUCAAUCUGAACCUUACGGACAUCGAACUAUUAGCCAUUCAUCAUUAUCACCGACGAAAUCAAUUUCUCCACAUUCUUCUCCAAAGCAUCAACAACAACAUCAUCAUCGUCAUCAUCAUCAUCAUCAAUAUAAACCAAAAUAUGUAACUGAUAGAGACAAAAGUAGUCAUUUACAAAUUAGAUCAGAUGAUCAAAAUGUUUCUGAGACAUCAUCUGAUUUAAUCUAUGAAUAUGAAGCCUAA